GACGGUAGUCAGUUUAAUACGUUCAGUUCGAUUUAACAAGUUCAAGAGGAACUUAGCUCAAACUAAAAGUGCUGGGAAUUAAGAAUUAAAAAAAUCAAGUUGAGUUCUAGUGAAAGUGAUUGCUGAAAACCUAUCAACAUGAGGAUUAUCGUAGAAGAGCAUCCAACCAUCCUCGAUGUGUCCGAGCUGUUGCGACCGGAAAAGUCCUUCACCGAUAAGGAAGUGGGCAAAUUCCGAGACUACACCGUCGAUGACACCGACCCACUGAAGGAACGGGUCCGCAGAACGUACAAACUGAUGCACACCAAUCAAACAGUCGAGUUCGUGCAAGGUCGCCACCAGGACUGGCUCAAGUUCGAUCACUUUAAGGCCAACAUUCGCGAGGCGUUGGAAAAGCUCAACGACCUGGUAGACGAAUCGGACCCGGAUUUGGACCUGCCAAACAUCGUGCACGCUUUUCAAACGGCCGAACGAGCCCGCGAGGAACAUCCCGAGCUGGACUGGCUGCACCUGACCGGGCUGAUUCACGACCUGGGCAAGGUUAUGGCGUUUUACGGCGAGCCACAGUGGGCCGUGGUAGGGGACACGUUUCCGGUGGGUUGCCAGUGGGGCGAAAGCAUCGUGUACCGGGCGGACAGCUUCGACGAGAACGUCGACGGGGCGAAUCCAAAGUAUAACACCAAAAACGGCAUGUACAAGCCAAAGUGCGGCCUGGCAGGGCUAACAAUGUCCUGGGGCCACGAUGAGUUCCUGUACCGAGUGCUGGUGCACAAUAAGAGUACCCUGCCGGAGCAAGCCCUCCAGAUGAUUCGGUACCACUCGUUUUACCCGUGGCACUCGGGAGGGGACUACUCGCAUCUGACGACCGAAAAGGACGAGGUCACCAAGCAGUGGGUGUUAAUGUUUAAUCGGUACGACUUGUACACCAAGUGCACCAAGAUUCCGGACCUGGAGGCCCUUUGGCCGUAUUAUCAGAGUUUGAUUGACAAGUACAUUCCCGGAGAGUUGGAGUGGUGAAGUUUUAACGUAAAAAUUGUUAUCUACUUAUGAAAUUUAUUAUAGAUUAACCAGGACUGUACUCUAUAUUUAUAUGAAAGCUUUAAAAGAAAUAUAAAUCAUCACUGAUAAAAACAAUACAUAAAA